AGCAAAUUCCACGCUGCUUCUAUACAGUAUAUACCUAGCAAGCCGGCCGGCCCGCUCUGGCUCCCUGAAUCUGUUUGCACUCUUCGCUGCAAGUUCUGUGCAGCCGUCGAGGGUGUAGCAGAAGCUACCCUGCAAAAUGAGGCUACUGACAGCAGUAGCUGUGGUGCUGAACUGCUUGGUUGUCAUUGCAAAUGCUGAUGUCCCACCUCCAACAGUACCAACUCCGAGUUCCUGCACUGUGGAUAAUCUUUUCACCUAUAUCGAAGAGGCUACAGACUUGUCUAGUGUAACGGGACCUUGCACAGACGUAGCAGCUUAUCAAGCUACCGAUCCUUUGACUAGGGUAAUCGCCCCUUUCCAGGGUGUGACAAUCAGACUCGAUGGAGAAUACUGCAUUGCAUUCAUUGCCAGGGCCGUCGCGACCAAUACUGAUCCUCUGUUCAGUUUCUAUGACGCUGGUGACAAUUUAUUGGGCGGUCUUACGUAUGGAAGUGGCAUGAUAACAUAUGACCUCAACCGAGACUUAUACGAAUUUCCAGUCGACACACAAGACUGGCAACGUUACCAAUUAUGCUCUAAUGGAAGUACCUUAACCCUCUAUCAAGACUGUGUUGCUGGUAUCUCUCUCUCGAUCACUCCAAUUACUGGAUAUAAUGAUGACGAACUCAUCUAUCUUCUGAUAAACCCAGAUGGAGAUAUAUUUGGAGGAUCAGUUUCCUCACUCUACUUCAUCAACUGUGGAGGAUCUGAUCGUGUUACUCAGGCUGGCAUAGCAGGAAUUCAGUGUCAACAUAUUGACACAAGUUGCUCUAGACCACCCGUCUCAAUUGAUGCAGCGGUGGCAGCAUACUUGAGCCAGAAUAAUGCUGGUGUGCCUCCAAUACCCGAUCCGCCUCCCGUCUUCUCACUGAAAGGACAAAAAGGGCAGAAAGGAGAUUCCGGAGCGUCAACCUUUGGACCUCCUGGCAUACAAGGUCCACCCGGUCCAGACGGACGACAGGGUCCAAGAGGUCCUCAAGGUAUACCUGGUCUGCCUGGACGAAAGGGACCACGGGGAGACCCUGGAUUACCCGGCUAUCCUGGAGUCCAAGGUCCACCUGGACCACCUGGACAACCUUUUGUUAGUGAGUCUCAAUCAGACGCCACCGAUUCACAAGCAGGAGACUAUGACAAGGGACCGGCAACUACAUGCACUCCGGGUGAGCCUGGGCCGAGAGGUCCUCCGGGGCCUCAAGGAAGAUCAGGUCCUCCGGGACCGCCAGGCCAAGAUGGUGCGCAAGGUACCCCAGGUGACAGAGGCAGUCCAGGUCCAGUUGGUGCACCGGGUCCUCCUGGGCCAAGAGGACGUGGUGGAGACACUGGUCCUCAUGGACCUACCGGACACCCUGGACCACGUGGCCCACAAGGAGAGAAAGGAACAAAGGGCUUAACUGGACCAGCAGGACCCCAGGGACCCAAAGGACCAUCUGGUUCCCCAGGAGCUGCUGGCAAAGCCGGCACAAACGGAGAGAAUGGUGAUCCUGGUCAACCCGGAGACACUGGCCCACCUGGUGCUUCAGGGAUACCUGGACCACCUGGCUCACAAGGACCAUCUGGUGAAAUUGGACCCCCUGGACCAUCUGGUCCAUCGGGAGAAACAGGAGAGCCUGGAGCAAAGGGAGCAAGGGGACCUCAAGGGAACCGUGGCCUGCCUGGACAACGUGGACCAACUGGACAGCCUGGAAGAGAUGGAACACCUGGCUCACAAGGACCACCAGGUGUCGACGGCACACCUGGUCAGAACGGAGAUGUGGGCCCCUCUGGAUCCGAUGGACCACCAGGCCACCCUGGACCUGAGGGUUCUUCUGGAGAAAAGGGAGUCGCAGGUACCCAUGGACCCCAUGGCCCACCUGGACAACCUGGCCUCCAAGGACUAACUGGAGACGUCGGCCCACCUGGACAACCUGGCCAGAAAGGAGAGAGGGGUCACGAUGGUGUAGCUGGAGCUCGAGGUCCUCCCGGAGAACCUGGUCCUAUUGGAGUACCGGGCCCACCUGGAGUUGAUGGCAAGGAUGGAGACGAUGGAGUGCAGGGCCCAACUGGAAGACCAGGUCCUGCUGGAGCUUCAGGACAACCAGGAGAGAGGGGUCCGCAAGGCCCUUCAGGAUUCGCUGGCUACCCAGGUCCUCCAGGACCCAAGGGAGCGAUUGGCCCGCCCGGUGCACGUGGUCUGAACGGACCAAAAGGCAAGAGGGGCCGCUCAGGAUUCAACGGGGAGCCUGGACAAACUGGACCCAAGGGACCACAAGGACAGCGUGGCUUGCCAGGUGCACCAGGAAGACAUGGACGGAAGGGAUCUCUUGGACCCGAGGGAUCAAGUGGACCGCCUGGCGACCCCGGAUUCACUGGAGAACCAGGCUCAAGGGGACCUCCUGGACCACCCGGAGAAGCUGGCCCACCAGGAGCAGACGGAGCCCCUGGCUUUACUGGUGCACCUGGAGAUGCUGGGACGCCGGGAAAAGAUGGAGUCCCUGGACAACAAGGACCACGAGGAGAAAAGGGUACAUCUGGACAAAGAGGAGCAUCAGGAGACUCAGGAGACACUGGAGUGCCUGGAGCCAGGGGGGAAGUCGGUACACCAGGAGCAGACGGCCGAGAUGGAGAGCCGGGACAGACUGGUGCACCAGGAAACACCGGUCCUCCUGGUCCUCAGGGAGAGAGAGGGGACAGGGGUGAACCUGGACCGAGGGGUCUGCCGGGGGAGGUCGGGCCACAAGGUCCGCCAGGAGAACCAGGCAACAACGGAAACCCUGGGACCCCCGGAACAGCCGGCCUUCCCGGACCAACAGGACCGCCUGGAAAUCCCGUAUGAGGGUUCAACUGAGUGGGUGGUGUGGUUAAUUCAGUACCAGUGUGUUCAAGUGUGGUGUUGGUUUGAAGGGUUUAUUCCGCACGAGUGUGUAAGUGUGUGCAGUUGAGGUUUGAGGGGGUUUUAAUUACCAACACAGGGUAACCCAGGAACAGCAGGGCAGCCAGGUACACAUGGACUUGCAGGAGAGAGAGGAGAGAGGGGGGAGAGAGGAGAUCCUGGUGAUGAUGGACAGCCUGGAGCUAUAGGUCCCUCUGGAGCACCAGGAGAGCCAGGUGAUCAAGGCCCAGAUGGACCAAAGGUGAUGUGAUGAACCCUUCCUUUCCUUCCUUUGUAUAUUAUGUGUGCAUUAGCAAUGUGCUGAAUAACUUAGAGUAUAGUAGGUAAGGCGUAGUGUCCAUAUGCUUGUGCAAAGGAGGCACGUUUGCCAGUUUUUACGGCAAUUGGUUUUGCCACACACAGGGCACAGAUGGUGAUCCUGGACCACAGGGAGCUGAAGGCCCCAGAGGAGAAACUGGUGCACCUGGCCCACGAGGACCACUCGGGUCUCCCGGAGCAGACGGACCACCAGGAGAAAGAGGAGAACGAGGAUUUAUUGGAACCAAGGGUGACCGUGGCUCAAAGGGUGAGCGGGGUACAAGGGGUGCUGCUGGACAAGAUGGAAGACCUGGUGAUAGAGGAAUCGUUGGAGAGCAGGGGAGAGAAGGGAGAGACAGGGGAGAGAGGCGCAACUGGUACUCCUGGUGUGAGCGGAGUGCAAGGCCCAACCGGAACCUCUGGGGAUAUUGGACCAGCUGGCCCACCAGGUCCUUACGGCACUCCCGGACUGAAGGGAGACAAGGGAGACAUUGGUCCCCCUGGACAGGUCGGUCUUCCAGGACUCCCGGGUGCAAAGGGAGACAACGGCGUUCCGGGAGAAGUCGGCCAAAAUGGACCACCUGGACAACCAGGAGCAAAUGGAGAUACUGGUGCCAGUGGACUUCCUGGAGAGCCUGGAUCUCCUGGACAUGUUGGUGCUCCUGGUCUUCCAGGCCCACAGGGACCUACUGGACCUCCAGGACAAGACGGUGUAGAUGGAGAGGACGGUGUACCAGGUACCCCGGGAGAGCAGGGCCCACUUGGACCACACGGCCCAACUGGACCACACGGAGACCCUGGCCCCCCUGGACCCCCAGGACCAACUGGCGAAGUUGGGCCCAAAGGCUCACGUGGACAAAAGGGAACACAAGGCCCACUUGGCAUCAGAGGUCCAGCUGGACCACCUGGAUCACGGGGAGAGGUUGGCCCAUCUGGUCUUCCUGGACCUCCUGGUGUUCCUGGAGCCACUGGUGAGACUGGCAGACCAGGUAGCGAUGGAGCAACUGGAGAGGCAGGACCAAGUGGGGCACCCGGAGAUGACGGUCCUCGGGGUGUGCCUGGCGAGAAGGGAGAGCAAGGUCGACGUGGUGACAAGGGAGAUCAGGGAGACAGGGGUGACACUGGGCCACCUGGUGCAGCUGGACAAGUGGGUCUUCCGGGAAGAGCGGGACCCAAAGGAUCCAGGGGAAACAGUGGUGUCUCCGGACGAGAUGGCGACCCUGGCCCACUCGGACCUCAAGGACUCCAGGGACCACGGGGAGAGAAGGGAGACCAGGGAGUGCCUGGAAACCCUGGACAAAAGGGAGAGACUGGAGAACCUGGACAAUCGACCACAGUCAACCUUGGAUCACAAUCUUCGUAUCCUCCUGGAACUCUGAAGGGAGGCGAUUUCUACAUCAGCGACAAGAUGCCCGGCGACAAACUGUUCCAGGAGGGAGUAAUGACCUUCUACAACGAGGUGGAGAAGAUCAGAAACACCCUCUACGAAGUCCUGAAGCCCAACGGGAGCCAGGCAGCCCCGGCACGCACCUGCUAUGACCUCUUCCUCUGCAACCCAGACUUCCAAGAAGGUCACUACUGGAUUGAUCCUAACAUUGGUGGCAAGCAGGAUGCCCUCCAGGUAUACUGCAGCAAGCCGGGUUGCUCCUGCAUUGACCACUCACUCCAAGACAGCUCGGUGCCCACCUUCCAUGCCGAUGCUGGGGAUAAACCAUUCUCAGAACUAUCAAAGGGAUACGAGCUCCCAUGGCCAGUGCACAUUGACCAGAUAGCUCUGCUGCAGCUACUCAGCAGCUCAGCCACCCAAGAGUUCAGGUACUACGGCGGCACCGAAAAAGUCGACUUUGUAGGAGCAGAUGAAGAGCCCCUUGUCGUCUAUGACGAUGAGAUGACAGCAUUGAAGUCAAGAACAGAUUACAUGCUGUCAGGUGAACCGGAACAGUUCCCAAUCCUAGACUUUACACCACAUGAUGACACCUUCGGUUUUGAGAUGGGCAAAGCAUGCUUCUGCAACAAGUUUCAAUGAACACUGAACUCUACCUCUUAAGACUCUGUCUCUAGUUUUUCUUGUGUUCAUAGUGUAUUAUAUGUGCAUGCACACCAUCAACUUGUGCGCAUCUCUGACAAUGUAUUAGGUUUAAUUUAUAGCUAAAAACUGCAGGCCAGUGUCUGCGUUACAUCUCAUUACUGAUAACUACUUUUAUGUUGUGAGUUGUAUAAAUGAAGUUUUUUUUCAAUAAAGUUUUUUCAAGUUGGUAAAUA